AUGGGGUCGUUGGAGCUUCCAACGCGCGCGCUCGGCGCGCAGCGGCCAGGCACGAAUGCAAAGCUGGCUCUUUUCACCCCCGCCAAUUACCACGUGCCACGUAGCAAAACACCGCCGGCUGGCGGCGGAUCCGCGCCCGGCGGCCUCUCUUAUUUCCUCCCGCAUAGCCUCGUGUUCCGCGCGAUCGCCGCUGUGCUGCUCGUCAUCCUCGCCGGCUCCCUGGAGCUUCUCCUGCUUAAUUUCUUCCAAUCCCGAAAUGAGGACGCAGGAGAUGUGGGGAACAGUAGUGUGGUGGCCCUAUCGCCGUGUUUCCUCCACUCCUCCUGCACCUGCCUCCUAGACUGCGACAGACACCACCUACCACACCCUGCCACGUGUCUCGACCUCAGCGCCACGCCGCCCCUCGCCGCAAAUGCUGACUCAGCACCGGUAACAGCAGCAGGAGCGGGGGGAGGGAUAGCGAGAUGGGAGUGGUACCGGGUGACUGCGAGCGGCUCCGGGGAGGAGACGGGGAGGGAGAGGGCGGGGGAGGGGCAGCUGGAGGGAGGGGAGCACCUGAGACCACCUGGCGAUUGCCCUGAGCGGUGCUCUGGUGUCGGCACCUGCUACUCUGAUGGCUGCAGGUGCCCCUGGUCCCGCACAGGGAAGGCGUGUGAGGCGGUGGCGAAGGGCGUGGGGUGUGUGAACGCGUGCAGUGGGCGGGGCGAGUGCGUGGAGGGCACGUGCCGCUGCCAGUACUGGACGUUCGGAGUUGACUGCUCGCUGUUUCUCGACACCAUGGGCAGUGUCAGGCACACCAGCAGUUCUAGUGUUGCUGCUGCUGCUGCUGCUGCUGCUGCUGCUCCUGUGCUCGAUGUUGUUCCCCCUGGGACUCAUUCUACAUCAUGUUCCCCCUUCUCCCUCCCCUUCCUUCUCCCCUUCCCAUCGUCUCCCCCCCCCAGGAACCUCCUCUUCCCCCCGUUCCGCUGGGCGCACCACAUCCCUCCCCCUUCCCUCGCGCUCAUAGCCGCCUCCCGUCCGCUCAUCUACGUCUACGACCUGCCCUCGCCCUCCACCACCUGGCCCCUGCGCCUCUCCUCUCGCUCCCCUCACUCCGAGCCUCUGCUCUUCCUGGAGCGCCUGCUCAACAGCGGGCACCGCUCUGCAACCCCUGAUACCGCGGACUUGUUCUACGUGCCGCUCUUCUUCCGCAAUGACAAAGCACUCGAUGCCAACCUGUUAGCAUCCACAGUUGACUACAUCCGAACCACAUGGCCCUACUGGGACCGCCGCAACGGCUCAGACCACAUCUUCCUCCUCCCGCCGCCCCUCUCUCGCUGCACACUGGAAGAUUCCGGUUCCACCGAACCCUUCCUUUCACGCAGUAUCGUACUCUCCACGUGCGGUUACACCCGCUCGCCCGCUCCCCCCUCGUCCCGCAAUCAAGAGGAGACCCCGGUUCCAGCAUCGUCGGGGUCAGCGCCGCUGCCGCUGCUGCCGUGCUUUCAGCGGGGGCGGGAUGUGGUUAUACCACCUGUGCUGCAGUUCAAGGAUUAUCAUGCAAUUCCGUUCUUCUCGGAAUUACUGAGAGAGGAAUCUAGUGCGGCCAGUGUCUCCCCUGCAGACCCCACCACCACUGCUAGCAGCAGCAGCGCCGGGAGUCUCUCUGUUUCGCCUCCUCGCCCGACAGUGCUUUUUGCGCGCUUUGCUGCUUCAGACCCGCAGCAGAAUCACACGGGUCUGGGUUCCUCUGUGAGGCAACGCUUUCUGGAGCUCUUUGAAUCGCGAGCAGCGGAGCUCAAGUGGCAAAUAGAGGUGCGGGAAUCAGCCAAGGUGCGGGUACCCGACCUGCUCAACGCAACCUUCUGCCUCUCCACGGCCGCUCAGGGGGGGCAUUCGCCAUCUGUAGCGAGCGUGCUAGCCGGGUGCAUCCCUGUGGUGGUCGAAUCCCACACUCUCCUCCCCCUCGACCACCCCCACGGGCUCAACUGGACGGCUUUCUCCCUUCACAUCCCUCUCGCAAAACUCCCGGAUCUCCCGGCUCUGCUCUCCUCCCUCUCCCCGCAAGCUGUUGCAGCGAUGCAGCAGGGGUUGCGCGGGGCAUGGGCGAAGCUGGUGUGGGCGAGCUCUCAGUUCAACCCGUUGCCCCGGGGUCUGGCUGUGUCCCGGGCGUUUCACAGAGCGGCGCUGAUGCUGGCUGAAGGCGAUGUGUUUAGCUCUGUGAUGCACGUUCUGCGAGGACGGAUGGAGGGGGUAGGGGGAGAGGAGAGGGGAGAGGAUGGGGGAGAGGAGGCGGGAGAGGAGGGAGGAGAGGAGUGGGGAGAGGAGGAGGGAGAGGAAGGGGAAGAGGAGGGGGAAGAGGAGGGGGAAGAGGAGGAGGCAGGAGGGGGGGAAGUUGCAGAAGGGAUGAAGGGGGAUGAGGAAGGAGACGGGGCAGUUGAGGCAACUCACAGCACAGAGACCAAUCAAGAGCGCCAGGCGCGCAUACAAGCAGCGCAGGCAUACGACGGGCCAGGCCCGGACCUCUCCCGCCCAUCAAAAUGCCCCGAAGAAUGCACCGCAUUCGGCACGUGCAACGAGGAGCUAGGCCGCUGUGACUGCCCCCCUGGAUUCACCGGGCCCACAUGCCAAACCGUCGCCAUGCCGGAAUGCCACUUGGGGGGGGAGAGCAAGAGCUCAGGGGCUGCAAUCUCAUACGUUACCCCUUGUUCGGUUAUCAGCACUUGUGCCUGCGCUGCUGCCUGUGCGCGAUGGCGUUUGCUGGGGUACUUUGAGUGCUUUGAGGGGAAUCGGCCGGAUGGAACCCCUGAGACAAACCUCUCGGUGGUAUUCUCUGGGACGCGAUAUGCUGUUGCGCUGGAUGCGCAAUUUUGGGAUGUGGGGGCGGGGGUGGGGAAGGGUGGGAAGGGGCGGAGAGCGGUGGUGAGCGAUGAGCCGAGCCCGUGGGCUGGUCCGGAGGAGUCUGUGCGUGGUACGACAACGGGCGCGCGUGUGAGACGCGGGGGGACCUCCCCUUUGACUGCUUCAACGCCUGCAGCGGGCGGGGCGAGUGCAGGCGCGGGGUGUGUGUGUGCCAGCGGGGGUACUUCGGCCUUGACUGCUCUAUGUUCAUCGACGCUCAAGGGAUCACCAGCAAAAAAUCUUGCCCCCUCUUCCGUUCCUCCGCCCUUCUAUCACUCUCUCCUCCUCCUCCUCCCACUCUCCCCACUCCCCCCACUCCCCGCUCUCCUCCCCCCACUCCCCACUCCUCGUUCCCCACUUCCUCUCCACCCAUCCGUCACUCUCCCACUCUCCUCCCACUCCCCUCUCCGCCCUCUCCCCACACAACCCACCACCAGGAUACUGCGCUUGCAGCCCUUCCUUUGGUCCACAGCCGUACCACCCCCUUCUCCCUCCCCCUCCUCCUCCUCGCCCCUCCGCCCGCUCAUCUACGUAUACGACCUCCCCCCGCACUUCAACACGUGGCAGUUCGCCCAAACGCGCUACAUCGACUGGCGAGAGCAAGUCUUCUUCCUAGAGCGCCUCUUGCGCUCCCCCCACCGCACCCCACACCCUGCCCAAGCCCAUUUCUUCUACGUCCCGCUGAUGUUCCGCGCUCGGCUGAUGAAGGCAAACACUCUGGCGUGGGCUGUGUCCUAUCUGCGCUCCACGUGGCCGUUUUGGGACCGGAGCAACGGGUCCGACCACGUGUUUGUGACGAACGACGACUGGGGGAACUGCGACAUUUCUGUGGCCGGGGAGAGGGAUCCUUUUCUCGCUCACAGCAUCACGCUCACUCUCUGGGGGCUCACGCAGAAUAUGAACCUGGAAGAUGCGCCGAACAGGUGCUUUAAGCCGGGGCAGGAUGUGGCUAUCCCGCCUAUGAUGAUCCCUGACGUGUUCCAGUAUGUGGUUGGGGUGAAAGAGAUGCCGCACGUGGUUCAGCCGUUUGAGGGCGACGGCACGGACUGGUCCCGUCUCGCUGUGCUCCUCACAAAGGCCGACAUUCCCCACCUCCCCCGCAUCCUCUCCUCCAUCCCCGACUCUGAACGCCGCGCAAAGCGCCAAGCCAUGCUGGACGAGUGGGUCAAGUUCGUGUGGGCCAGCACCCAGCUGAACCCCUUUGGAUUCCUGCCGAGGGGGUUACAGGAUGAGAUGGCAGUGCGGUUGGCGAAAGGAGAUGUGUUUGCCACGGUGAUGGGUGCGCUGAGGAGGAGGGUUGAGGGGAAGGGAGGCGGCGGGGGAGAGGAUACUGGUUUGAAUGCAGCAGCAGCAGGAGCAGGAGCAGAAGUAGCAGGGUCAGCAGAAUCAGGAGGAGCAGCAGCAGGGGCAGCAGCAGGAGCGAAGUUGGAGCAGCAGCAGCGGCAGCAGCAGCGGUCGGAGUCGUCAGCAUCAUUAGCAGCAAGCAGUGUAUCGGGUGGUGCGUGUAACGAGGCGUGCUACACGCACGGCACAUGCAACGAGGAGCUCAAACGCUGCGACUGCCCCCCGGGCCUCACAGGGGAGGAUUGCUCCGACCUUGCCAUGCCGUCCUGCCACGUGGCACCUGGGUAUUGGACGCCGUGUGGGGUUCUGUCGUCGUGUGAGUGUGCGCUGGAGUGUGAGAGGGCGGGCGUCCCUCCCUUUCCUCUGUGCCUAGAUGAGAGUGAAGGGGGGAAGGGAGGGGGAGAAGAGGGAGGGGGGCAGGAUGGUGCAGAUGGGGAGGUGGGAAGAGGAGAGGGAGAGGGAGAGGGAGAAGGAGGUGCAGUUGGAGCAGAGGCGAAGGAGGAAGGGAGUCAAGGAGAGGAGGAAGCAGACGACCCUGCUUUGAGCCAACCUGCGUGGCAGCGGGCUGGGUGGCAGGGCUUGUCCUCUCUGCUGAAGAAACCCGUGGUGCGGAUGGCGACGGACGGCGCGGGCGGUGAGACAGGAGCGCGUGAGAGAGUGGGAGAGGGAGUGAGAGGGCAGCAGAGCAACGGUGCUGGUGCUGCUACUGCGUCCAGCCCUCUCCCUCUCUUGCACUCGCUGCUGCUACCUUCUGAAUGCCCCGGAAACUGCUCUGGGUUGGGCGUGUGCCUCGCGAGCAAGCAGUGCAUGUGA